GUUUUAGGUUAUUCUGUGUGGAUGUACACAAAGGCAGACACAGACAUAAACCAGGUGCAAUUAUGUUUGACAGCCACCUCCUGCUCCCCCUCCUACUCUCGCUCUCCGGGGUGGCCUCUGUCCCUCCCCCUGGCACCUCCUCUGGCCCUUGCCGCCGGUGCUGCGACGCCCUGGAGCCGCAGGAAGGCUCCUCCAUCCUGGCCUCGGAGGUCCGCACUUACAUCAACAUGACGAUCCUCAAAGGAGACAAGGGUGACCGUGGCGACAGAGGGACACCAGGUAAAGCAGGCCACGGCGGGCCUCCAGGGGCCCAGGGCACCAUGGGCUCUAAAGGUGACAAAGGUUCAGCGGGCCUCCCAGGGGACCCCUGUAAGACCCAGAACUCGGCCUUCUCUGUGGGCCGCCGCAAGUCCCUGCACAGCCUGGAACACUACCAGGCCCUGGUGUUCGACACGGUCUUCGUCAACCUGCAUGGCCACUUCGACAUGUUCAAGGGCAAGUUCUACUGCUUCGUUCCUGGGAUCUACUUCUUCAACAUCAACAUCCACACGUGGAACUUCAAGGAGACCUACCUGCACAUCAUGCAGAACGAGCGGGAGCAGGCCAUCCUGUACGCCCAGCCCAGCGAGCGCUCCAUCAUGCAGAGCCAGAGCCUGAUGCUGCAGCUGCAGCUGAAUGAUGAGGUGUGGGUGCGGCUAUACAAGCGCCAGAGGGAGAACGCCGUCUACAGCGACGACGUGGACAUCUACAUCACCUUCAACGGGUACCUCAUCAAGCCCACUAGCGAGUGAGGCCACAGAGGAGGGAGGGAGGAAGAUGGGGGAGGAGGAGGGAGGGAGGAAGAUGGGGGAGGAGGAGGGAGGGAGGAAGAUGGGGGAGGAGGAGGGAGGGGAGGAGGGGGAAAGGAGGAAAAAGAAAUGGUCAUAGAUAAAGGUGAGUCUACUUCAUGAUCGCCCCUAAAGAAUGAGAGUGGAGAGGACAGGAGGGAGAGAGAGAGGAAGAGUGCAUUCUCUUCCGACACUAUCUGGGGUGGCGGAGGUAAAGGGUUAGACUGGGGGACAACAAGGGUUAGAUGGAGGGAGGGCAAGGUCAAAGGUGAAGAUGAGGCUACCUCAACAACCAAUCAGGAGUGAGAAACCCUAGGGUGGGUUGUUCCUAAUGCAGCUGAUGUCCUGGAUCUCGUUACCUCCCAGUCGAGACCAGCGGAUAACCAGAUGCAUGAACCAGCAGUCCAACAAUCGCACUGAGCGGUCCGGGAAGUAACCAGACACAAGAGGGCCUUUCCAAACCACACACAUCUAAAUUCCUUUGGGCAGCGUGUCUCUAACAGAGGAGGCUGCUUUUCCACACUGCCUACAUAGUAGCUCCAAGGUUUGGUUUAGAAUUUGAAAUGACACUCUUGGCCUAAUAAAAAAAAAAUAAUACAUAUAUGAAUGUCAGAUAAAUUAGAGGUUCAAAAUAUUCUUGUCUGGCACUUACCACUUGUUGGAUUCCAGUUUUUCAUCAUGUUUCAUUUAAUAGGACUUUUCUAAGGUAUUUGAAGGCGUUUUUUGCCUGUAAAUCUCAGUCUUACUUUCUUUGGGGCCUUGUGGUAAAGGCUACCCAUAACCUUGGUGCUAAAACGUGUGAUAGUUUAACUGUUUUGAGAUAAUAAUAGUUGCAAUAAUGCUUUCCGUUGCCUCACUGCAUGUAUUUGCAUGAUAACUUGUUUGGUAGACUCAACCUGCAGCUUCACCUUCCAAACAAAUCAAUAACCUGUCAUUAAAAUGUGAUUUAAAACCAUUAUAAAAAGACAAACCGUAACAGAAGUGAGACUUCAGGGUGUGAUGUUCCAGCCUCCCAUUCCCCAUCCUGCUCACGGACUGCAUGGGCUCAAAGUGACUGGAGCACUGGACAUCAGUACACACGGCUACGCUCAAUCCCCUGGUUCAGUUUUGCUUUUCAAGCGUACUAGAAUAUGUCUUGAUGGUGUUUUGUCUAAUUGGUGCUAAAGUGUUUUUUUCUUUUAUCCAGAUUGUGUACAUAUAUUUGAAAAAUAGUAUACACUGUUUGUCAACUGCAACCUUUUCAGCUGUUAUGCCACAUGAGAAUAAACAUAUUGACAGA